UGUGUGUGUGUGUGUGUGUGUGUGUGUGUAACAUUUUUAAAAGGCAGAUGGACGACAGCACUCCGUAGACACCUCUGGUCUCAGUCUGCAGUCCGGCUCAUCCUCCGACACUCAGGCUGCUCUGACAGGGACAGAAGACACAGAGAGGAGAUUCCAGUCAAAAUGACUGAGCCGUACGACUGCACAGAGUGUAAGGAGUCCCUGUUUGGGCUGAAGUACAUCCUGAAGGAGAACAACCCGUACUGCGUCAAAUGCUACGAUGAUCUUUUCUCCAACAACUGUGAAGUGUGCCAGAAGCUCAUCGGCUGCACCAGCAAGGAUCUGUCGUACAAGGGCCGCCACUGGCACAGCGAAUGCUUCCUCUGCAUCACGUGCAGCCAGUCUCUGGUGGAGCGGCCUUUCGCCACCAAGGACGACCUGCUGAUGUGCGUCGAGUGCUACAGCAGCGAGUACUCCUCCAAGUGCCACUCGUGUCUGAAGACCAUCAUGCCAGGCUCCAGAAAGAUGGAGCAUAAGGGCAACAGCUGGCACAAGAACUGUUUCACCUGCAACCGCUGCCAGCAGCCCAUAGGCACCCGCAGCUUCAUCCAGAAGGACGCCAACAACUACUGCAUGCCCUGCUACGAGAUACAGUUUGCUCCACAGUGCGUCACCUGCAAGAAGCCCAUCACCACUGUAGGAGUGAACUACCGUGACCAGCCCUGGCAUAGGGAGUGCUUUGUCUGCAUCGGCUGCAAGCAGCAGCUGGCCGGCCAGCGCUUCACCUCUCGGGACGACUUUGCCUACUGCCUCGACUGCUUCUGCAACCUGUUUGCCAAGAAAUGUGCUCACUGCACCGCCCCAAUCAGCGGUAUCGGGGGCACCAAGUACAUCUCGUUCGAGCAGCGGCAGUGGCACACCGACUGCUUCAACUGCAAAGCUUGCAGCGCAUCUCUGGUGGGCCGGGGUUUCCUGACGUGCAAAGACGACAUCCUCUGCCCCGAAUGCGUUACAGACUCCUGAGCGACCCCCUGAGCCGGGAAAGAAAGAAUUUGUCUGCCAAGCGAAGUUGGCUGCCAAUCAGAGAGCGCUUACAUUAUUCUUCCUAACAUAUCAUGUAUUGGUUCCUUACACAUUAACCUGUUCUUAAUGCGAGAAGGUGUUUCGUGCAUGCGCUGAUGAUACUGUGUUUAAAUGUAAAUGAGUUGAAGCCUUCAUUCCAAAAUGUACUUACUGAAUGUAUUGCUGUUUCUUAGAAAACAUUCCCAUUUGGAAAGCAUUGCCCUAGAAUCCCAGAAAAUUAAUUUAUCUCAUUUGGGAAAUAACCUCUAUGUGUGUGUGUGUGUGUGUGUGUGUGUGUGUGUGCGUGUGUGUGUGUCUGUGUGUGUGUGUGUGUGUGUGUGUGUGUGUGGCAACAAAUAACACUAUUUGAUAGACGUAUGAGAGCAUAAGUUGUUUUAAUGGAAGGCACUUUGAUGGCAAUUGUUUUUAACAGAGUUAAUAUAAUACUACUAAUACAGUUUAUCCUAAUUACAUAAACUAUGUUGGAUUGAAUAAAAAGUUUGUGGAUUAGA